GUAUCUGAACCAGGAAGUACUUUCUAAUGCUCUAGCUAACUAGCUGCGGUUAGCUACAGCACAGAGGAGUUAAAGUUUGUUUUACUUAGAUUUGUGAGUCCAUUUACCGUUAAUGUGUAUUAAACACAUGCCUGGUACCAUCGUGGUUAGCAUGCAGUUCUGUCCCUGGUAGGAAAGGAGUGAAAACUGUAAGUUAAGCUUGUUUUGUUGGAGUGUUAGCGAGCUGUUAGCUAAUAAGCUUACGAAAACACAGGACUUGAGGUGUACAAUGGGAAUGGAUUUCUUACCACUCUGUGAUAGGCCACGAUAGGCUUGUCAAGUAAUGCAGGCGUUAUGGAAAGUCUAAUGAAUUCUGCUGAAGAGCAGCAGCCUUCCUCUCCACCGGGCAACUCAUGGUCCAAACAAGAAGAAAUAAACAAGAAUGAAACGCCAAAAUGUGUUGGUGGAUUUGUUCUAGUGCAUGCAGGAGCAGGAUACCAUUCUGAAUCUAAGGCCAAAGAGUACAAGCAUGUAUGCAAAAGAGCCUGCCAGCGGGCUGUGGACAGACUCAAAGCCGGGGCCCUCGCAGCGGAAGCAGUGGCCGCAGCACUGGUUGAACUUGAGCUUUAUUCAGCUCCAGCCUCCAAUGCAUGUACGCAUAUCCUGUUGGAUGAUGACUCUCCUUUUACAAAUGCCGGCAUGGGUUCCAACCUUAAUUUGUCCGGGGAAAUUGAAUGUGAUGCAAGUAUCAUGGAUGGGAAGUCGCUGCAUUACGGGGCGGUUGGAGCUAUAAGUGGUAUUAAGAACCCGGUCUUAGUUGCAAACCGUCUUCUGAGUGAAGCACAGAAAGGGAAACUAUCAGCUGGCAGAAUACCACCCUGCUUUUUAGUGGGGCGAGGAGCACAUGAUUGGGCCGUCGGACAUGGAAUACCACCGUGCCCUUCAGAGAAAAUGGCCACCAAGUUCAGUUUAUCUGCGUAUAAGAGGAACAAGCGAAAGAUGGCGCUGGCAGAAAAAAUGGACACUGGUCAUAAUCAUGCAAAGAAAAGACGACAAUCAAGUGAAACUGAAAAUGGUUCAGGGUGCCUGGACACGGUGGGAGCCGUGGUGGUCGACUCGGAGGGGAACGUAGCUGCGGCGGUGUCCAGUGGGGGUCUGGCCAUGAAACAUCCGGGCAGGGUGGGCCAGGCUGCUCAUUAUGGAUGUGGCUGCUGGGCUGAAAAUGCCUUUAAUAACCCUUACUCUACAGCAGUGAGUACCUCAGGCUGUGGAGAGCAUCUGAUUCGCACCAUGCUGGCACGGGAAUGCUCUGCUGCCUUGCAGUCUGAAGAUGCCCACAAAGCACUGCUGGAGGCUAUGCAAAACAAAUUCAUCAGCUCACCCUUCCUGGCCGGUGAGGAUCGUGUGUUGGGUGGAGUAAUUGUCCUGCGCUGCUGCAGAUGUGUGGAAUCUCCUCCAUCUCAAAAUAUUCAGGGUAUACUGGUGGAGUUCCUAUGGAGUCACACCACAGAGAGCAUGUGUGUUGGCUACAUGUCUGCCCAAGAUAGCAAGGCGAAGACACACAUAUCCAGACUGCCACCUGGGACCGUUCCUGGACAGUGCUUGGCCAUCGAAGGCGGUGUGUGUCGACUGAGCGUGGCGGAGUGAGACGCAUUUGCCCUCCUUCUGGGCUUUGUGAGCAAUACUCCAACACAAAACCUUUCCACCUAACACAGACACAGGCACACACCGCCCUCACCUCCCCACCACCUUUGUGAUGCCAGAAGUAAUAUGCUUUAGUGUUUUAACAGGUGCUGAGGGAGGGUGUUAGCUUCUACUUAGUGCACUUACAGGACUUCCUUUUGCCACUGUCUGCCUCCAGCAUGUUCUCUAUACAACUUCCCCACACACUCCACAGUGUCACCUGGAUUAGACUUGAUGCACCAUUGCCUUGAUGCAUUUUUUCUUACUGUUACUCCUACCCUUUCCUACUCCUUUUUUCCUUUUGUACAUAAGUUAUGGUUUAGGAAAACAGGGUGGAUGUUCAUGUUGUUUUGUAACGCUGAACAGAUGUGACUUUUUCAAGCAUUUAGGAAUUUAAAAAGCAAGACCUUAUUUUAUUCCAAUGCACCUUGUGGAAUAUCUGCCACUCGAGGUUAUUGUUGAGUGAAGUGUUUAUAGCUGUGAGAGUUUAAAGCAAUUUACAAUGUUAACACAUACACAUGUACUUCCAUGUACACAUAUCGUUAUUAAUCCUCCAACAUACUGUCAAAUGUAGCAGAAUGUGCAUCUUAGUCAAUGAUGAAUUGUAUAACUAUUUCAGCCAUAGAAUGCUUUUAUUGUUUUACAAUGUGAAUACUUAGCUAAUGCAUGAUGCAACAUGUACAGAAAGCCUCUCUGACAGGUGUAAAGUUAGAAAGAAGGGGGAAGCUAUGCACUUCCAGAAUGAUGUUGACACAUACAAAGUGCUCAUGUAGCCGCAUUUGAUCCCACCUCCAAACAUGACUGUUAGUCAUCAUUUAAAAAAUGGCAAUUUGUCUAGUCACAUCGACAGAGACGUAUUUUCUUGCUAGAAAAUAUCCUUAAAAAGUAAUUUAUGUAUAAAAACCCAUGAGUUGAGAAUAGUACUUGACAGAAGUAAGGGUCUAGAUUUCUGAUAACCAGUGCCUCUGGUUUUGCUCAACAAAAAACAUAAUCAAGCUUGUUUAUUCUUUACUUGAAAAUGCAACUAAUAUAAAAUGGUAUAAGCUAUGCUAACAUGUGCACAGCUCUCUACAGUGCUCAACAAGUAAAUAAAAUCGAUGUUGCUACAAUUUCUGUGUCUAUCUUUGUCUUUGAAAAUCCACAAUACGAGACAGAGUCCGUCAACCUUUCCAGAAAAAGAAACAGACAGAAUAAACGUCAUGAUCAGAUUUGUGGACUGCUAAAACAUUUAUAGUCUGGGAUUAAAUUACAUGUUUGACAGGAACUGGAGUGGGAAAGGAUUCUGCAGAAGGACGUGUGAGCAUGCAGGAACAUUUCAACAUGAGUCUGUAUUUGUUAAAUAACCUCGAUGACUAUAUCAAAAAUAAAUGGUGUGUUGUGAUUCCCUCCCACACAGACAAACUACAUG